AUGGCUGGCGCAAAGAAGAAGAAGAAGCCCGCCGCUAACCCUGCCCGUGGCUUCGCGACCACCUCUAUCGCUUCCAAGCCCAGGCCUGAACUCUCCGAGCCUGAUUCGAAGCCCGCGAGCGCUGUUGCCAAGGGCCCAGGUGCCCCUCCAUCGACGCAGAAAGAUGCCCCACCAUCAUCGACUGCGACUCCUGGUGACGCGACUGCCAGCGCUGCUACUCAGGAAAAGCCGCUGAGCCCUGAAGAGUUUGAGAGGCAAUUGGAGGAGUCCGAGCUUCAGCUUCUUGUUGAAAAACAUGCUAGCAAAACAAAGAGGGAUGCUCAGCGCCAGAGAUCUCGACUGGAUACGGACCGUCGCCUUCUCCGUGGCCAAGCGGACUCGGUGAAUAGCUUCAAGUGGUUGCCCCAGGAGCUAAUGGAUCACAUACUCGACUUGAUUCAGGCUGAAAGUCGCUUUUCAUCCUCGAGCCUAACCUCGUCUGAGAAUGGCGGCGCUGGAAAGAUGCCUCCCGAGGAAGACAUGAUCACUCGACUCUGGACAUUGCAGCAAACGCUCUCCGCCGCCGAAUUUCCCACUGAGCGUGUUCCGGCCGUGAUACGUUACAUACUGGACAUCUCGCCAAAUGUAUCACCCACAAACAGAGACUCGAUCUGGGGUCUUGAGGAAGCUCUGGAUUGGCUGGCUCGGGAAUGCCCCCUUGACGAGUUGCCCUCGUACGAGCCCAAGUCGAAACCCAUCCCUAGAAGUACUACUGAUACUCCUCAGGAAAGCCCAGUUCCUACUCGAUCAAGCACUCCUCGCCAUUUUGAGCCAAAGAACGGCCGCAAGGGUAAAACUGCCGGUAAAGGUCGACCGGCUAAGGCCUCAUCAGCGGCCAAGAAAAUAGUUGUUACUUGCGAUAGUGAUAUCGAACCUGACGAGCUUGUUCCGAAGUAUCUGGAGACUAAAGCCAAGCUUCUAGAGUUCGAGCGUGGCUACCAUCGGUCGGACAAAUCGCAAGCUGGCGAUGUUGACGAAGAGCUUGCUGUCGCAAAGCUUGAAGCAAAAAUCAGAAAGAUUGAGUCUGAUGUGCUGUUUGACAAGUACGAAGCUGAGCAAUUGUGGAAAGUUCAGAAAAUCAACUUGGAGAAACAGCUUGCAGCCGCAAAGAAGGAGGCCGAGGCACAGGCUGAAACACAGACUGAAGAUGCUUCAACACCGGAAGAACCAGCACCAGAAAAGUCGGAUGAGGACGAAAUCAACGACGAGGCGAACCGGAUUGCUGCCGAGAUCCUGGCUGAGGCGAACGAAGAUGACGACGACAUAGGAGGAUUAUUUGCCUCCUUACCCCAGAACGAAGUCGACGCCAGCACUGGAGAGAGCCGCACGGUUGUAAAUUCAGCCGACGGAUCCAAGAUCGUGAUCCGUGACUUUGGAAAGUGGACGGGAGUCAGUCCCAGGAGGACUUUGGAGGAGACCUGUCGCUCAAGAGAUGCGGCGGCGAAAGUCUCGUACACAAUUGUAUCGGAUGCAUCUUUUGCGAACCGUCACUCGUUGGAUGUUUUCUGGACGAAAGCACAAGAACUGCCGUUCCCAGCUACCUCGUCCGACGUUGAGAUCAUUGCUGAUCCCUUUCACUUCACCUUCACCAUGACCGGCAUUGCUACACCGGACUCGAAACAGUCUGAAGCUUACAUCUCCGCGGCAGCCCUGUUCUAUACUUUCAGUGGGAACCCCAAAGAAGAGAAAGUCGGCCUUAGGCUCCCACAUGUGUGGAAAGAUUUCUGGACUGAGCUUGCUGAAGCCAGGAAAGCUCAAGUCGAUGAGCAAGACAGAGUCGUGGUAAAAGACUUGAGAGCAUUGGUUCGCCAACGACACGAUCAAGAGCUUGAAGACGGCGUUAUAAUCCAAGGAGCAUUCAGGGGCAGGGGUAGCAAAACCCUCAACGACUCUGGUGAUGAUGCUGGACAAGAUCGUUCAAGACAGAACGCUACUAACGGAGAGUACUACCAAAGAAUCUGGACUGACAAGUCCAGUACCCGCAAAUUCCAAAUGAUGCUGCAAUCCCGAAUGCAGCUUCCCAUGUGGCACUUCAGACAGCAAGUGCUGGAUGCUGUCGAUGGAAACCAGGUCGUGAUUGUUUGUGGCGAGACUGGAUGUGGAAAGAGUACUCAGGUCCCAUCUUUCUUGUUGGAGCAUCAGCUGUCGCAGGGAAAGCCCUGUAAGGUGUACUGCACAGAGCCUCGACGUAUUUCUGCAAUCUCCCUUGCUCGCCGAGUGAGCGAAGAGCUUGGUGAAAACAGAAAUGACCUUGGCACUAACCGGUCACUGGUUGGCUACUCGAUUCGACUGGAGGCCAAAGCCUCGAAAGAAACGAGACUGGUGUAUGCGACCACCGGUAUCGUGAUGCGAAUGCUCGAAGGCUCAAAUGACCUCCAAGAGGUAACGCAUCUGGUGCUUGAUGAAGUUCACGAGCGAUCUAUCGACAGCGACUUCCUCCUGAUUGUUUUGAAAAAGCUUCUCAAGCGCCGGAAGGACUUGAAGGUUGUCCUGAUGUCAGCCACGGUCGAUGCUGAGCGUUUCUCGGCGUACCUAGACGGGGCGCCUGUUCUCAACGUUCCUGGACGAACGUUUCCAGUCCAGGUCCACUAUCUCGAGGAUGCUGUCGAACUUACUGGAUAUACGCCAGCAGACUCUCAACCGGACAAGAUGGUCGAUAUUGACGACGAUCUGGUUGAGAGCGAAGGCGAAAACCCAAAGAGUGAUGUCUCGAAGAGCUUGACGGGAUAUUCGUCGAGAACACGAUCGAGCUUGGCCCAACUCGACGAGUAUCGCAUCGAGUUUGACUUGAUCGUUCAGCUGAUAGCCCACAUUGCAGUCGACGAUGAUCUCCAAAACUAUAGCAAGGCUAUCUUGGUAUUCUUGCCAGGUAUUGCAGAGAUCCGUACGCUCAAUGACAUGCUUCUUGGAGAUCCACGGUUCGCCAAAGACUGGCUCGUCUAUCCCCUUCACUCCAGCAUCGCUACAGAGGAUCAAGAAUCGGCAUUCUUGAUCCCACCUCCCGGCAUACGUAAGAUUGUUCUUGCCACCAACAUUGCUGAGACAGGUAUCACCAUUCCCGAUGUCACCUGCGUGAUAGACACUGGCAAACAUCGCGAGAUGCGAUUCGAUGAGAGACGGCAACUGUCACGCCUUAUCGAUACAUUCAUCUCGCGGGCCAACGCCAAGCAAAGGCGUGGACGAGCCGGCCGAGUACAAGAGGGACUUUGCUUCCACAUGUUUACCAAGUAUCGCCAUGACAACUUGAUGAGCGAUCAGCAGACCCCUGAAAUGCUCCGCCUCUCUUUGCAAGACCUGGCGAUUCGUGUUAAGAUCUGUAAGAUAGGAGGAAUUGAGGAGACCCUAGGUGAUGCCUUGGAUCCUCCAUCUGCCAAAAACAUACGCCGCGCCAUUGACGCUCUCGUGGACGUUCGUGCUUUGACGCAAGCUGAAGAACUGACACCGCUUGGACAUCAACUAGCCAGGCUACCUUUGGAUGUUUUCUUGGGAAAACUCAUUCUACUCGGAGUCAUCUUCAAGUGUCUGGAUAUGGCCAUCACCGUUGCUGCUAUACUCUCCUCCAAGUCGCCCUUCUCUGCACCGUUUGGCCAGAGAACACAGGCAGACAACGCACGCAUGGCUUUCAGAAGAGGGGACUCGGAUCUUCUCACCAUUUACAACGCAUAUCUAGCGUGGAAGCGAGUGUGCCAGUCUGCUGGUGGCGGUGGAAAGGAGUUUCAAUUCUGUCGAAAGAACUUUUUGAGCCAGCAGACUCUGGCCAAUAUAGAGGAUCUCAAAGGACAGCUUCUCACAUCUCUUGCAGACUCUGGGUUCCUCUUGCUCACGGAGGAAGAGAGGCGAACUCUUUCACGGGCUAGAUUCUCUGGUGGCCGUGGACGGCGACACCAGCACUUUUUCGAGAUCCCACGCAGAGUCAACCUCAACAGCGACAAUGACGUGGUCUCGGCUUCUGUUAUUGCAUGGAGCUUCUAUCCCAAAAUUCUCGUGAGAGAAGCACCGGGGUCUAAGGGGUUGAGGAACAUUGGUACGAACCAAUCCAUCAGCCUCCACCCGUCGUCUGUCAACCGAGGCCGCCUUGAUCUCAGAUGGUUGUCCUACUAUCACAUUAUGCAGUCCAAGACGGUGUAUCACGCCCACGAGGCUACUGCCGUGGAACCCUUCGCAAUCGCCCUCUUGUGCGGCGAUGUACGAUGCGAUAUGUAUUCUGGAGUAAUUGUCUUGGACGGAAAUCGAGGUCGCUUCGUUGUCCCAGACUGGAAGACGAUGCUCGUUAUCAAAGUUCUCCGAACUCGCCUGCGCGAGGUUCUGACCCGGUCUUUCAAGCAGCCGGGCAAGCUGCCCACUGCCCAGCAGGAGAAGUGGCUCGACGUUUGGCAGAGAAUCUUCACGCAGGAUUUCGGGCAGGAUAGAUCGGCCGCAACUGGGUUGGCAGUCAAGGCGUGA